GCUACCGACAACCAUUCCAAUUCGUUCUUCCGUACAGUGUACAGAGAAAGAGAAACCAAAACAACAUUCAGCCAAAAUGACUGAGACCGCUACCGACGUUGUUGACGCCGCGCCAGCUGCCGCUGCAUCGCCGGCAAAGGCCACCAAGAAGCCGAAGGCCGCCAAGGGUGACGCCAAGAAGCCGAAGAAGCCAGCUACCCACCCGCCGGUCAACGAGAUGGUCAUUGCGGCUAUCCAGACCCUGAAGGAGCGCAACGGAUCAUCGCUGCAGGCCAUCAAGAAGUACAUCGCUGCCAACUACAAGUGCGACGUGGCCAAGCUGUCCACGUUCAUCAAGAAGGCUCUGAAGACCAACGUCGAAGGAAAGCUUGUCCAGACCAAGGGCUCCGGUGCCAGCGGAUCGUUCAAGAUCAAGGCCGAGGCCAAGAAGCCAGCCGGCGAAAAGAAGCCCAAGAAGGCCGCUGGUGAGAAGAAGAAGGUCGCCAAGAAGGCCACCACUGGUGAGAAGAAGAAGGCCGCCGCCAAGAAGCCAGCCGGUGAGAAGAAGGUUGCUGCCAAGAAACCAAAGGCUGCCGCGGCCGCUAAGAAGCCAAAGGCCGCUGCCCCAAAAAGGCCGCCGAGAAGAAAGCCAAGGCUGCCACGGCCAAGACCGCCAAGAAGGCCGGUACGGUGAAGAAGGCCGCUGCCCCGAAGCAGAAGGCCACCAAGCCGUCCAAGACCGCGGCCAAGAAGCCCAAGACCCCGAA